CAAUCAGAAGGCUGGAACAUCAGGAAUACAGCGGCGGAGGCAGCGCGGGAGGGAGAGUCAUGCCCGCAGUGUGAGCGCGUGAGUGAGUGCUGGAACUCUGUUUCCUCCACCUGCACAAACUUUCAGCAUUUUCUAAUAAACUAGUGGCAGGGCACGUGCGGUAAGUGAGCGCGCGGGACUAAGGACUAGGCGUGCAGGCGUGUGCGGGAGAGUGGACACGUAAUUAGGGGGUUUUCGUGUUUUUGGAGGUUUUUGACCUGAAGCUGAGCUUCCCUUUGCGGCAGAAACACAUGUGGUGUCGUGUGUGCCCCAGCCAUCAAUCAUGAAGUGGAAUUUAUUUAAGAAGAAGCCUGAAGCCAUGGUGGGCCCACAGCCCACAGGUGCCAGCGGCCUGACCAUGGCUCCGCUCCUGUCCACAACAGCAGAGAAUGCCACAGAGUCAGGAGACCAUGUCAGCAAAAACGACAUGUUUGGAGACAUCAAGAACAAGUUUCUUAAUGAGAUCGACAAGCUCCCACUGCCUCCCUGGGCGAUCAUCGCUAUCUCCAUUGUUGCAGUAGUGCUGAUCCUCACUUGCUGUUUCUGCAUUGUGAAGAAAACCUGCCUUAAGAAGAAAAAGGGGAAGAAAGGAAAGAAAGGGAAGGGAGAGAUGGGCAUGAAGAACAUGAAAGGAGAGAAACAGGACGAUGACGACGACGAAGAUGACAUCGAGACAGGGAUGACUGGAGAUGAGAAGGAGGAGGAGGAGCCUAAAGAGAAGGAGAAACUUGGCAAACUGCAGUUCUCAUUAGAUUAUGACUUCUCUGACAACAAGCUGACAGUGGGUAUUCUGCAAGCUGCGGAUCUCCUCUCCAUGGACAGUGGAGGUACCUCUGAUCCCUACGUCAAAGUGUUCAUCCUCCCUGACAAGAAGAAAAAGUAUGAUACCAAGGUGCACAAGAAGACCCUCAACCCUGUCUUCAACGAGACCUUCUGUUUUAAGAUUCCCUUCCAAGAGAUGGGUGGGAAGACCCUGGUCAUGUCUGUUUACGACUUUGACCGCUUUUCCAAGCAUGAUGUCAUCGGUGAGGUGAAGAUCCCUAUGAACACGCUGGAUCUGGCCCAGCCGAUUGAGCAGUGGAGAGACCUGGACAGCGCUGAGAAAGAGGAGCCUGAGAGGCUCGGGGAUAUUUGCGUAUCUCUGCGCUACGUGCCCACCGCGGGAAAACUCACCAUCUGUAUCCUGGAGGCUAAAAACCUUAAGAAGAUGGACGUGGGAGGCCUGUCAGAUCCUUAUGUGAAGAUCCACUUACUGCAAAAUGGCAAGCGACUGAAGAAGAAGAAGACCACAGUGAAGAAGAACACCCUUAAUCCGUACUACAACGAGUCUUUUAGUUUUGAAAUCCCACAGGACCAGAUGCAGAAAAUUCAAGCUGUUAUCACAGUGCUGGACUAUGACAAGAUUGGCAAGAAUGAUGCUAUUGGGAAAAUCUGGGUGGGCAACAAAUCACAGGGAACGGCGCUGAGGCACUGGUCAGACAUGGUUUCCAACCCGCGGCGGCCGAUCGCCCAGUGGCAUCCUCUCAGGCCCGAGGAGGAAGUAGAUGCUGAGCUAGCAGGUCUCACUGCCAAGAAGUAAAACAUUCCAUUGACCCAUGCACACUGCCACCUUCUCCGCCCUCCUCUUUACCCCACCUAGUUUUACAUAUUUUAGAACCAUCCAACCAGCAUUGCAUGAGACAUAAGGCAAUCAGACAAAAAAAAUCUAUAAUAUAUAUAAUACACAUAGAAGAAGUAGUGGGAGGCAUUUUGUGAAACUGUUUCCAUUUCAACAGUUAGAAUCCCUUUUGAAAUAAAUUAGACAUAAGUAAAAUCAUGUAAUCAGGAAAAAAAGUAAUGCAAGAUCCUAUCAGAUUCCUAUUUUAUAGGAUAUAUCAUAUCUGAUAUAUGUGUUGCACCAGUGUGCAGCAGAUUAAAUAUAUCACUCCAAGGUUUCACCAAGGACCAGCAAACACUCAUUCACUCACCUCCAUCCUUCUUCUUCAUCAUUCAACCCCCUCAUCUUCCUCGGUAAUAAGGAUAAAUGUGUCUGAGAAGUGGGGGAGACUGGUUUGUUGUUUUUUUUGGACUGGAUAUCUCUGACCGAGGAGAAGUCUGCCGAGCGUCAACACUGCCUGCAAUCAAACACCGCAACAAGCGUGCUUCAUCUGCUCUUCAGUGCUGGACCUACACUUCCAUGACAAAAUCUGUGUCUGUCUUUCCAACUAAAAGGAUAGAAGCCUUUGAACAUCACAAAAUAAGCAAUUCUCGACUGCCAGGGACGCCUUCCUACUCCUGAAUCCAUGUGUUUUUAGUCUUUCUUUAGAUUUACAUGCAUUAAAACACAUUCGUUCGGCUUGAGCACUUUAAACGGAAAACCUUUUUUUUUAAUUCACUAUAUAUUCACUGUUAAAUGACUUGAGAAUGCUCAAACUUUUUGGUUCAAAGAUUUUGAUAAGUACAUUUUUUUAAAUGUCACGAAAGAAUGCUUAUCAUUGAUGCUUGUUGAUCUGAUUAGUUUGUUCUCAGUUGCAUGCAAUACUGGCAGUGGUCUGUUUCUCUCAUUAUUUACUGCAUUUUAAUAUUUAGGUGUGGGUAUAUUGGUGUCCUCAUUUUAUUCAUCAUUUAGUUUUUUCCCAUAAUUUAUUAUGGUUUGAAAUGAAAUGAAAGGGUCUGAAAGUGGGUACUGUUAUAUGUGUAUUUUAUACACAGCUUACCAAACUGCUAAAACUAUUUGCACUACUGGAUAUAGCUAUAUUCUGUGGGUCUUGGUUGUGUAGUUCAAUCUGUCUACUUAUGUGAUGGUGCAUCUUAUUAUAUUCAAGUCCUCUGGUGUACUGCCAGAUUUUAUGUUUUUUUAAAAACUGAAAACAUGUAUUAUUGGAAUACUAACGAAUAGAAGCAAAUGCUAAACUAUUUCUUUGGGUACCAAAAACCACACUGCUCAGCGUGUGGUGUGGAUUGUAACUUUGUGGGAACUAUAUAAAACGAUACACCAACUGGAAUUUUAAUCUUUAAAUAAGUCAAAACAAGCCAGAACAUGGAAAAUGUUUUAAUAUUAACGCUUCGAGGAUUGAAAUCUGGCCACACAGUAUUUUCAGUGACCCGUUAUAGAUUCUGAAAGAGCAGGUUUCAGACUAGGAUUUUUUGAGAGUUUUUGUAUACUUGACACAAUGUAAGCCAAACUUUUAAAAAAAUCAACAAGAAGCUCUUUUGCUGAGCUAUACUCUAUUGCAAUAAUAUUGUUAGACUGAACUAGCAGGUAUUUACAUCUGACACAUUUACAGUGCAGUCUGAUAGUUUAUGUGUCCUUGGGAGUCUGAAUGAGUGUUUUAAUUUAUGUAUUUAUAUAUUUAUUUAUUUAUUUAUUUAUUUGUUCCUUAACUCCAACCCAUACACAACCAAUAUUUAUAUCUGUAAUUUAAUGUGUCACUAAUGUGUGUCCCUUCAGAUUUGCCCAUUCUUAGUUUAAAGUACUUAAAAUACCAAUAAAACACAACAAACAUCCCUCACUUCCCCAAUCACUGGUGAGUAGUUUUGCCUAUAUAUGUAUAGUUCCUAUUUAAUGAUACUGCAUGUUUCAGUAAAACAAGAGCAUGUUUCAGAGACAAAGCAAAAAUAUAUUGUGUAUGUAAGUAGGUGUUAUUUGUCAUUUUAAUAACAAUAAGGGAACAAGGGAAGGGAAAAGAUGCUCUGUAUAUUUUCUAACUAAAGUAAACCUGUAUUUUCCAUGAGUGGGUACCAGAGAAAAUAUGAACUCUACUAAACUUAGUCUUCAUGUUCAGACUGUACCCAUCCCUAACCAUCAUGAGCAAAGAUGUUAAGUGCUUUGUGUGAUCUAUUAGAGGAUGAAAAUGUAGCCGCAUGCUUGACUUGUACUUGCAAUAUUUUUACCAGAUAAAUUGUAUCAAUCAAAAAAACAAGUUAAUUUAUUUAAUUGUAAAUGACAAAUUUUAUUUUCCAGCAUAUUUGUUUUUUAUGUAUUUUUGCGGAAGUAAAAACUUCCACGGGGGCUCCAAGUCCAAUUAAUGUUUUUUUUUGUUGUUUUUUUUUUCAUCACUUCUAAACAUUCUAUUGUAUAGUCUGUAGUCUAUUGUAGUACAGAGGUCUGGAUGACAUAUUAUAUUAUAUUGUAUUAAAUUAUAUUAAAUUAUAUUAGAAUUUAUUAUAUCAUAUUAUAUAACAAAGCAUUAUAUUAUAUUAUAUCUUAAUAUAUAAUAUUAUAUAUUAUAUUAAAUUCUUUCCUAAUUCCUAACUCUUUAAUUUUUCCCCACAGUCAGUGCCAAUAAAAGAAGUCACGUGUACUGCCAUUUUAUCUGACUUUUUAACGUGAUUGUUUUUUGCAAACUAAUUGACCAAAUUGACCAACCUUGGCAAGAGGCUUGCCUUAGCACAAUAGUACCUUUGCGUUUUAGAAAAAAGUACAACUUGGAGUCCCCCUGUUCUGAUAUCUCUGUUCAUUAAUAGCUUAUUUUAUAAUAAUGCUAUAACUACAUUUUACUUCAUUACAGCAUUUUACUAGCCAGUAACUAUGUGUGUAUGUAUGCGAGUGUGUGUGUGUGUGUGUGUGUGUGAAUAAGAUAAAGCCAUAAGACUUGAGCACUAUUUCUUUGGAGCUCAGCUAUGUAGAUGAAAUUCUUAAAGUAAUUUUAUGUCUCUGUUCACGUAGGCCUGUGUAUCUCAACAUUCCAUUGAGUCUGUGAAGCUAUGGGGCAAUACUGUUUCCUGAAAAUGUGCUCUUUUUGAGUGGCAACAGUAGUUUAACCUGCAAUAGCCAGUCUCUUAUUUAUAUGUAUAUUGUUUUAUUGAUCUGCACUUUUGUGUAUGAGAAAAUGUUGGAUUUCUUUUUUUUAUUUUAACUAUUAAUUGAUUUGUAAAUGCCUUGAUUUGACACAAAGUGUGCUGUGAACGAUGGGUAUGAACUGCAACUACACCUGCACACAUGUGUACUGCACAAUAAGCAAACGGUUACUUUACAAAUCAUGUAAUUAAUUGUUUAAUAACACGUAAUUAAUGUGCAACUCAGUUCUUGUUAGUAUGAAGCAUGCAUAUUUUGUGGGCAGAGGACAAUUUGAUAAUUUGUUGGAGAUUGUAUAAACGUAGAAAUGUUUUAUUUUUAAAAAGAAUUCAUUCUACAAAAAAAAAAAAACAUUUCUGAAUAAUAUAUAAAUAUGCAUACACAACAACUCAUAAGUAAACAGUAAGGACUUUUAAUUAUUAUUAUUAUUAUUAUUGAUUUUAUUUUUUUACUUUUUUGGGAAACACGUAAGAGAAUUAUAAUUUCAUAUGCACAUUCUUCCCAAAUAUUAACUAGCGUUUCAGGUAUAUCUCAACAAUAAAGCAUAGGCCCUUUAACUUAUUAUUAUUAUUAUUUAUUUUUUGUGAAACAAGCACUGCCGUCUGCCAAUAUGGCUACACUCACAAUGAUUAGGAACAUUCCGGGAUGCCACUCACUGAGAGUUGGCUCUACAAACUUAACACAAAUAAAUAUAAUAAUAUAGCCUUUUUGAGAGCAAUAGUACAGAACUGAAAAACUCUGUUUUUUUUUUGUUUUUUUUUUUUGGUUUUGAAACAGUGAGGGGUGUGUGUAAUUUGCUCUCGGCUCUAUGUUCAGCUUGCUUUUGCUUUAUUGCUCUUUGUAGAUGCUGAUUUUGUUUAGAAGUAUAAAAAGACUGCUCCAUAAAUAAGAAGUCUUUAAUUUAUGUUUUAACCCUUCUUCUUCCAUAAUCACUUCCCAGAAUGAAAGCAGAUUUCUUGCUUUUUCACGACCAGAAAUUAAAUUUUAAUUGUGUUACGAUUUUAUAAAAAAAAAAAUGUGCCUGCCAUAUUUGGGACCGAAUUUCUGGAUUUGCCAGUGUUUAAUAGUGAAUUUUAGCAGUCUUACAUUAUUAGAAAACAGUGGUAAUUCGACUAAGUCGCUAAAAUGCGUUUGUAGAUAUCUUGAAUGAUCAUUCUAACACAACUUAGCCAGUUUAGCUUAGCUUAGCUUAGCUGUGGUGUUCUGUGGAGUACUAAAAAUCAGUAUAUGCUACUUGUUAGCUCUGUGAAUUCACACACCCACAGUUUUUAUUUUUUUCGGUACUUUUCAUGAUAAUUUUUCUCUGGUGUAAUAUACAAUCUGAGCUUACUGAUUUUGACAGAACUACAUAGCUUACACAAAAAAUUUACAAAUGGCGUAUCAGUUUUUUUAUUAAAACAUAUUGCUGUGUGGACAUUUUUAAUUAGCUUAUCUACCCAGCUAGUAAUUGCAGCAGGUCUUGCCAGUGGGGGACGCCUAAUUAAACAAAAAUUAAAUUUAAAAAGUAAAAUGAGUCCUGGAUCACACAUAUCUCUUCUAAAAACUGAGUAAGGGAUAAUAGGGUGCACUUAGCUAACAAGCUAGCUGACAAAUAGCAUAUCUGCUUUUUAAGUAAAAUGGUUAGCCAUACAGCUCUUUAUUUAUCAUAGCUACAGUGUUUACCACAGGUAGUUUAUUUACAGGUUUAGCAGAACACACUAAAAAGCACACAGCCCCUGCAACAAAAAGGGCAUUUUGAGAUUAAAAGAUGAUGUGUUAGCUAUUUAUAAUCGCUAAAAGUUGGAAUUUGAUACAAAUUUAAGCUUUAAAUUGGUGGGACGUGCUAAUUUCUUAGCUGGGUAGCUAGCUAAGCUAUGCUAUGCUAUGUGCUAGCUGCCCAGAUGUAAUUCUAUCCAACUAAUGAGAACACCUUGAAAAACACAUCCCUUAAAACAUAAGCAGAUUUGGAAUUAAAACCUACAAUAAAAAUCUUGAUGUUGAAAUGGAUAAGCUUUCUACUGGUGGAGAAUAAUGGGUGCUAAUUUGUUGGCUGGGUAGCUAAGCUAUGCUAAGCUAAUCGUCUAGAAUGUAACAAUAGGUAUACUAGGUUUUCGACCAAGCUAAGCUUUCCAUUCAGAUCUGUGCACAGGUUGUGUUAAUGCUAACUAGCUAGCCAGACCCUGAUUCGGUCCUCAAAAUGGCAGCAGCUGUGAUUAAAAUGUCGUGUGAAACGCAAGAAUAUUUGCUAAGUCAAAUAUCAGAUCAGAGAUGUUGGUGGAAAUUCCCUUAUAGCACUUUCUUCUAUCAUCUGAACUGCCUCUGCCUUUUCUGUAGAUCUGUUCUGAAAAACGAUAAAGCCCUAUUGGUUUUCUUCUCUCUCUCUUUCUCUUUAUGGUGUUCUGCUCCUUAAAUCAGGAGGCUGCAAGGCUAUGUCCUCAGGCUACGUUUGUUCUCGUCUCAGUGUUGUGUGUGUGUGCGUGUGUGUUCAUGUCCUUAACAUUGUGCCUAGUGUGGACCAGUCGCAUGCUUUAGCCCUUGAUAAGACACUUUGCAAAGAAAAAAAGAUAAUAUGUUGUUCACAGACUUUCCCAUUAUCCUCUAGUGAACAGUACAUGAGUGUCAUCAAUCCUUGUAAAGACCUCACGAGAACCAAAUAUCUCAAUACAGAUUUAUCAUAUGUGUUACCAGCUCUGUACUAAAAACAAGGUAUAAAAAAUAAAAGACUUUUAAUUAAAA